AUCUUCUUCUAAUAUCUUCUCAACUAAGCCUAUAAGCCUACGAAAAGUCCUACAUUAAAAAGAGAAACGCACGACCACAAGCAGUCUUAUGUCGAAUACGUAUAUUUGCAUUAAUUGACUUUGUCAAUCUGUCUUCAACAUUAAAUGCAUGAUACAGCCUGCAUCCGGAUGUGACGAGAUUGUUACUGCAUUAUGCUCAGUGGGGAAUAUUUGAAGCCACACAAUAUUGCGGAGGAUAACGGCACCAUGGACAGGAUGUGUUGACAUGGCCGUCUUCAUUGGAUUCAAGCUUCCCUGUCCUGCUCUGGAUACAAUGAUGCAGCACUGAAUGGACGUCUCGUGCCACCAGCAGAGUGACAGCAUCCAAGAAACACCCACCAACAAUCUGGAGAGUUAUCUGAGGGUUGAGAAGGACAUACAAGAGACAGCAAGAAAGUAAAACGAGGAAAGAAAAUAAUUCUGAGUUAUAGAGCUGGAGUGAAAGAAGACAGGAGGAUAAAGAGAGGAGGGUUGAGUUGUGGAGCCACCUGGGUGCUGCAGUGUGGAGGUUGGAGGUCAUGGUGGGGCGGGGCCUGUGGGUGUGUAAGCCCCGCUUUGGUAAGCGGGGGCGGUUCGGGGUGGUGCCUGCUCUCUGUGUGCUGAUAGUCAGUGCUGCCUUGCUAGCUCUGCUCUUCGUGGACUCCAUUGAGUCAUGGGCCACCUCCAUGAACAUGAACACAAUGGUAGAGGCGCAGGGGGGGAUCAUACCCCCACAAAGUGUCCCCCCAACCAGACCCGAGGAGUACCUCCUUAUGCCCAGCCCUCUCGUCUGCCAGCGUGCCAAACCCUACCUCAUCGCCAUGGUGACCUCCGCCCCAGCCAAUCAGAUGGCCCGCCAGGCCAUCCGGGACACGUGGGGUGGGGAGGUGGAGGUCAGGGGUCAUAGGGUCAUGACCUUGUUCAUGGUCGGGGUGGCCUCUGACCCCGGGCUAGCCAAGUUGCUGAUAGAGGAGGCCCGCGAACGAGGGGACCUGAUCCAAGGGCGCUUCUGGGACUCCUACUCUAACCUGACCCUGAAGACCCUCUCCAUGCUGAACUGGGCCCGACGCUUCUGCCCCCAGGCCCACUUCCUGGCCAAGGUGGACGAUGACGUCCUGUUUAACCCCGGGGCCCUGCUGCGCUACCUGAACAGGAGCACCGUGACCAACACCUACGAGCAUGGAGACCUGUACCUUGGCCGGGUCCACCUUCACGUGGCUCCAGACCGAGACCCAGACAGUAAGCACUACCUCCCUAGAGGGGCGUACCCUGCAUCUGUCUUCCCUGACUACUGCAGUGGCACUGCCUACAUCCUCUCUCGCUCCUCCCUGCUCAAGAUCUCCUUGAUGGCCGCUUCCUCACCUCUGCCCACCCCUCUGCCACCCGAGGACGUUUUUGUGGGUCUGUGUGCCCGUGCGGCUGGAGUGCUGCCCUCCCACUGCCCGCUGUUCUCUGGUGGGCCCGCAGUGCCCUACGGGCGCUGCUGCUACCAGGCCAUGGUGUCCAUACACCACAUCUCCCCCAGAGAGAUGCUCCGGUUUUGGGCUGACAUCCACUCCCCUCCCCCCUGCUCCUGGCUGGGCCUACGCGCCUCUCUGGGGGUCUGUAAAGUCCGGGCCAUGCUGGGGACCUUUCUGGGGGUGGAUCAGGGGCUGUGAGGGGGGUGUUGCCCUCGUGGAUAGGAAACUAUUGUGUUUUGGGGGCUGUGCCUCUGCCAGGAUUUCAAUACUGUGAUUAGCACAAGCGCUCUAUUUUAUUGGGAAUGGUAAGGAAUCACUGUGCACUAUGAAAAUGUGCUUUUAUUUUUAUAGCAUUUUAGGAAUAUUUGAAUGUAUUUUAUGUUAUGCAAUAAUGCUGGCAUUUUGUCAAAGCUGAAGGAAUAUGAAUCAGUAGUUGAAGGGAAUUAGUGUGAAGAUAUAUUUAAGACUGUUAGAACACACACAGACACAUACUGUAGGCCAGUGUUUCCCAACUCCAGUCUUCCAGUAUCUCCAACAGUACACAUUUUAGUUGUAGCCCCAGACAAGCACACCAGAUUUAACUUGUCAACUAAUCAUCAAGCCCUCAUUGAGUUGAAUCAGGGAGUUUGUCCGGGGCUACAACAAUAAUGUGUGCUGUUGGGGAUACUGGAGGACUGGAGUUGGGAAACACUGCUGUGGAUAUGUAAAUAUUACUGACCAGGAAACACACAACCUACAGGAUAUUUGCCAUUAAUGUAAGAAUUUAGAGUAAUGUUAUUCAUGCAUAAUGGAAUGUUUUACUAAUUAAAAUCUAAUUUUAUUUUUCACAUCCGCUUAAUACAACCGGUAUAGACCUUACAGUAAAAUGCUUACUUACAAGCCCUUAACCAACAAUGCAGUUUUAAGAAAAAUGCGUGUUAAGUAUAAAAUAGAUAAGUAAAAUAUAAGAAAUAAGCAGUAAAUAACAAUAGCGAGGCUAUAUACAGGGGGUACCGGUACAAAGUCAAUAGUUAGUCGAGGUAAUUGAGGUAAUAUGUACAUGUAGGUAGAGUUAAAGUGACUAUGCAUAAAUAAUAAACAGAGAAAAACAGCAGUGUAAAAGGGGGGGGGGAGGCAAUGCAAAUAGUCUGGGUAGCCAUUUGAUAAGCUGUUCAGGAGUCUUACGGCUUAGGGGUAGAAGCUGUUGAGAAGCCUUUUGGACCUAGACUUGGUGCUCCGGUACCGCUUGCCUUGCGGUAGCAGAGAGAACAGUCUAUCACUAGGGUGGCUGGAGUCUAUACCACUACCUGGUAUAGAGGUCCUGGAUGUCAGGAAGCUUGGUCCCAGUGAUGUACUGGGCCGUGCGCACUACCCUCUGUAGUGCCUUGCGGUUGAAGGUGAAGCAGUUGCCAUACCAGGCAGUGAUGUAAUCAGUCAGGAUGUUCUCGAUGGUGAGAAGUCCAGGAUCCAGUUGCAGAGGGAGGUGUUUAGUCCCAGGUUCCUUAGCUUAGUGAUGAGCUUUGAGGGCACUAUGGUGUUGAACGCUGAGCUGUAGUCAAUGCAAAGCAUUCUCACAUAUGCGUUCCUUUUGUCCAUGUGGGAAAGGGCAGUGUGGAGUGCAAUAGAGAUUGCAUCAUCUGUGGAUCUGUUGGGGCGGUAUGCAAAUUGGAGUGGGUCUAGGGUUUCUGGGAUAAUGGUGUUGAUGUGGGCCAUGACCAGCCUUUCAAAGUACUUUAUGGCUACAGACGUGAGUGCUACAAGUCGGUAGUCAUUUAGGCAGGUUGCCUUUGUGUUCUUGGGCACAGGCACUAUGGUGUUCUGCUUGAGACAUGUUGGUAUUACAGACUCGGUCAGGGACAGGUUGAAGAUGUCAGUGAAGACACUUGCCAGUUGGUCAGCGCAUGCUCGGAUUACACGUCCUGGUAAUCUGUCCGGGCCUGCGGUCUUGUGAAUGUUGACCUGUUUAAAGGUAUUACUCACAUCGGCUACGGAGAGCGUGAUCACACAGUCGUCCGGAACACCAGUGUUGCUUGCUUCGAAACGAGCUUAGCAGUAAUUUAGCUCGUCUGGUAGUCUUGUGUAACUGGGUAGCUUGCGGCUGUGCUUCCCUUUGUAGUUUGUAAUAGUUUACAAGCCCUGCCACAAGACAAGCAUAAGGUAAUCAGCGUACUGUAAUACUGAAACAACCGGCAAAAAUGACUUAGUACAUAGUCUCUUCUGUAUAGCUACUAUGUAAGAUUACUUACUGCCUAAGUAGACUCAGGCUGCUUUCACCUGUUAUAAAACAUUAGCACUAAAGAUGCAUGAAGUUGCCAAAAUGCAACUAACUCUUGCUUCCACUUUAAUAAUAUGGUAAAAAUGUAAAUGAUAGUUUCUCUCUUCCCCCACCCCCCACCCACUCCAGAUCACUCCAGUAGUACCAAGCAUUUUCUCUAGUAUGUAUUCAGCUGAAAUGUCAAUCAAAACAAGUGGUUUUCUUUCAUUGUUUCCUCUCAUCGACUCAUGACCUUCAUCUGAACUGAAUUCUGAAUAGAUGAUUUGCUUUCAUCUGUGCAGUUCUAUAGAUAAACUUGAAGGAACAAAGGAAGAAACCGAGGCAAAGGGAGCACCUCAGUACACAGUCAGCCCGUCUUCCUUGGUGGUUCAAACGCUAUGGUCAGUCAACAGCACUCAAGACAUGAAGAAGACCAGAUGAGAUGGACUGCCAUAGGCGAACACAUACACACACACAGAUGCAGUAUUUAUAACCCCGCUUCAAUAACUUAUGUAACUGUCAUGUUUUGCAAGUAGAGUGUGAAUAAAAGACAUGCAUUGGUUUUUCUGGGCUGGGAGGGUAAUGAUUUGUCUGACCCAGAGAGGGAUUCAGUCCACUGUUGCAGAGGGUUCUUCUGUAGUCAAGAGGGUUGUGUUUACACAGGCAGCCUAAUUCUGAUAUUUUUCCCACUAAUUGGUCUUUUGACCAAAUGUAUAUCUUUUUACGUCAGAUCUUUUUCAGCGUGUAUCUGAUUAGUCCAAAAAACAAUUGGUGAGAGAAAAAAAUCAGAAUUGGUCUGCCUGCGUAAAUGCAGCUGAGGAGAUCCAAUACAAGUUCAAAUGUUUACAACAUUAUGUAUGAUGUAUGUUGUAGACGAAGGGACAUCUCUUGGAUUUUAUGGGGGGGGGGUAUUGGGGAGUGUUUCCAAUAACCUUUUCAAUACUAACGUGGUGAGAAGUGAACUGAAACAUUGUAAUUUGCAUUGUUUGAACAGAGACAGUUCCAGGUAGCCAUGUAUGUUCUUCCUCCUCCCUCUCCUAGAAUGAAUAUUGAGUACUCUAUUCUGUGAAGAUUAGUAUGAAGUAUUAGUGUGAAGGAUGUGUGAAUGUACUCAGAAAAUGUGUGUGUGCAAGAAUGGAUUGAUCACUAAUAAAGUCCUCAAUCAUA